AUGGCGACCCCGGCGGCCUGGGCCGCAGCCUGCGAGAAGUUCCACGCGUCAUUGUCGCUGUCGCAGGUGGAGUCUCAGAAAGACCCGGAGAACGACCCGUACAAGUCCAAGUACCGCGCCCGGGAGCUGCUGCAGGAGGUGAAGGCGCUGCUAGGCCCCGCGGCCGACGAGGACGAGGAUGAGGAGGCCGGGGACGGCGGCGACAGCGGCGGCCCGCACGCCGAGGAGGGGCCAGUGGCUGAGUGCGCCGGAGCUGGGGCUGAGCCCAGCGCUCGAGCAGUGCGCCUGGCCGCCGUGGAGCUGCAGCUGGGCCUCAACCACAUUGACACGGAGGAGCUGGCGGCCGGCGAGGAGCACCUGCAGAACUGCCUACGCCUGGUGCGCCGUAGCCGCCUCGAGCCAGCUGCCGUGUCCCUGCACCUGCAGGCCCAGAAUAAUCUGGGCAUCCUGUGGUCUGAGAGAGAUGAAAUCGAGACUGCCCAGACUUACCUGGAAUCUGCGGAAGCAUUGUAUAAUCAGUAUAUGAAAGAGAUUGGGAACCCUCCUCUUGAUCCUAAUGAGCACUUUUUAGCUGAGGAAGAGAAGCUGACAGAGCAGGAGCGAUCCAGAAGAUUUGAGAAGGCAUAUACGCAUACCUUAUAUUACCUGGCUCAAGUCUAUCAACACUUGGAAAUGAUUGAGAAGGCUGCCCAGUAUUGCCACACCACCCUCAAACGCCAACUGGAAUACAGUGGCUACCACCCUGUAGAAUGGGCUAUUAAUGCAGCUACCUUGUCACAAUAUUAUAUCAAUAAGCAAUGUUUUAUGGAGUCCAGGCACUGUUUAUCAGCUGCAAGUGUCAUCUUUAGCCAGGCCGAGCAGAUUCCAUCAACAGAAGACACUGAAACGGAGCAAGACCGGCAAGAUCUCCGUCAAAGAAAAGCUGAAAUUGCCAGAUGUUGGAUCAAAUAUUGCUUGAACCUCCUACAGAAUGCGCAGGCCGCUCUGGAGGAUAACAUAGGAGAACUUGACCUUGACAAACAGUCUGAGCUUAAAGCUCAGAGGAAAAGAGAGGAAGAUGAGAAAGAAAAUGGCAGGAAGAAAGUUGUGCUCUUUGGAACCAGUGAUGUGUGUGACGCCAUCUUGGCCAUGGAAGAGAAAGUGAUGUGCGCGCCCCCUUUAGAUUUCAGAGAAGCCAGGGAGGUGUUCUUGGUGGGCCAGAGCUAUGUCUGUGAGGCGAAAGAAUACUUCCAGGUGGACGGGUACAUCACCGACCACAUCGAGAUAGUCCAGGACCACAGCUCUCUGUUUAAGGUGCUCGCCUUCUUCGAAGAGGACUACGAGAGGCGCUGCAAGAUGCACAAGCGGAGAGUAGACAUGCUGGAGCCCCUCACCGUAGACCUAAACCCCCAGUACUACCUGCUCAUCAACCGGCAGCUUCAGUUCGAGCUAGCCCACACCUACUAUGAGAUGAUGGACUUAAAAGUGGCCAUCGCCAACAGGCUGGAGGAGCUCGAUUCCCACACCAUCAAGAAAAUCAAUUCCCUGGCUCAGUCGGCCAUCAAGUUCUACGAACUCUUCCUAGACUCCCUGAAGGACCCCAAUAAGGUGUUUCCCGAGCAGCUCGGGGAAGACGUUCUCCGCCCAGCCCUGGUAGCCAAGUUCCACAUUGCACGGCUUUAUGGCAAACUCAUAACUUCUGAUGGUAGGAAGGAGCUGGAGAACAUGCAGACUUCCCUGGAAUAUUACAUGUUCUUGGUCCUCUAUUGUGAAAAGUUCCCUGAGGCGGCUCGCGCAGUAGAAACAGAACUAGAGCUCAGUAAAGAGAUGGCCGGGCUUCUUCCCACCAAAAUGGAGAGACUCCGAGCCAAGCUAACCCCUUUUACUUAAAAUCCUUAUCCUGCACUUCAUGGAAAUGUGCAAUAGAGCAGUGUCAUUUUUAGCCAAACAGGCCCAUUUCCAGGGUGCUUGCCUCUAGGAAGCAGAGAAGGCCAGCUAGAGCUCCAGAUAGGGUCCUCUUCGAUUCACUUGUCAGUAAAAUGACAACAGUUUUCUCUUAAUUUUGUAAAUUCCUUCUGUAAACUUGUUAGUAUUUUAGAUGGCUUGUGUCCUAUCUUUCCUGCCUUAUCUUCUACCACAAGAUCCAGUUUCUAAAUAAAUGUAAGUUACUUAAUAGGUGUCUCAAAGGAAGAUUCUGGAUGAUGUAGUUGGUGGACAAAAGUUACUGUAUUCUUAAAGAAAAAUACAGUUUUCUAGGAAAAACCAUGAGCUUCUUGCAAUUGUUCCUUAUUGUAGAAUCCCAACUCCCCAAAGAAAUGUUUACCCAUUAUGACUUUAUGAUAACUAAUCUAUAAUUUAUUUUGUAUGUUGUAAAAUUCUUUGUCUUUAAUAAAAGAAAAAUUAUUAAGGAUGUAUUAAACAGCUUGG